UGCAGGCGGGUAUAAAGUUGAAUCGCGCACCUUUGUCACCUUAUUGCUGUGUUGGCGGAGACACGUUGCGCGUCUGCACUCAGCGGAGCUCAAAAGCUGUUUUUGGUGUUUUACCACCGACAAAACUUUUCCACAUUUCUCAAAAGCUCGUCUUCUAAAUAAAAAUGCGUGAGUGCAUCUCCAUCCAUGUGGGCCAGGCAGGAGUACAGAUCGGCAAUGCAUGCUGGGAGUUGUAUUGCCUGGAGCAUGGCAUCCAGCCUGAUGGCAAUAUGCCGAGUGAUAGGCCUGUUGGUGGUGGAGAUGAUUCCUUCAACACUUUCUUCAGUGAGACAGGCUCUGGGAAGCAUGUGCCACGAGCUGUUUUUGUAGAUCUGGAGCCUGCAGUCAUUGAUGAGGUGAGGACGGGAACCUACAGACAACUGUUCCAUCCAGAGCAACUCAUCUCUGGCAAGGAAGAUGCUGCUAAUAACUAUGCCAGGGGUCAUUACACUGUUGGCAAGGAGAUUAUUGAUAUGGUAUUGGAGCGUGUCCGCAAACUGACCGAUCAGUGCACUGGUCUCCAGGGUUUCUUGAUUUUCCACAGCUUUGGUGGAGGUACUGGCUCUGGUUUUACAUCCCUGCUGAUGGAGCGUCUUUCUGUCGACUAUGGAAAGAAGUCCAAGCUGGAGUUUGCCAUUUAUCCAGCUCCUCAGGUGUCUACUGCUGUGGUAGAGCCCUAUAACUCUAUCUUAACUACCCAUACCACUCUGGAACACUCUGACUGUGCCUUCAUGGUAGACAAUGAGGCCAUCUACGACAUCUGCCGCAGAAAUCUCGACAUUGAGCGUCCCACCUACACCAAUCUCAACCGUCUCAUCGGUCAGAUUGUGUCCUCCAUCACUGCUUCAUUGCGCUUUGAUGGUGCUCUGAAUGUCGAUCUGACAGAGUUCCAGACCAACUUAGUGCCAUAUCCCAGAAUUCACUUCCCCCUUGUCACUUACUCUCCCAUCAUCUCUGCUGAGAAGGCCUAUCAUGAGCAGCUGUCUGUGUCUGAGAUCACCAGCGCCUGCUUUGAGCCGUCUAAUCAGAUGGUGAAGUGUGACCCCCGACAUGGGAAGUACAUGGCCUGCUGUAUGCUGUACCGCGGUGACGUCGUACCCAAAGAUGUGAAUGCUGCUAUUGCCAACAUUAAGACCAAACGCUCCAUCCAGUUUGUAGACUGGUGCCCUACUGGGUUCAAGGUUGGCAUCAAUUACCAGCCACCUACGGUGGUGCCUGGUGGAGACCUGGCUAAGGUGCAGAGAGCUGUGUGCAUGCUAAGCAACACCACAGCUAUUGCUGAGGCUUGGGCCCGUCUGGACCACAAGUUUGAUCUGAUGUAUGCCAAGCGGGCCUUUGUACACUGGUAUGUUGGAGAGGGUAUGGAGGAGGGAGAGUUCUCAGAGGCCAGAGAGGAUCUUGCUGCACUGGAGAAGGAUUAUGAGGAAGUCGGCACAGAGUCUGUGGAGGAUGAAGAGGAGGGAGAGGAGUAUUAAACCCAGCUGAGGGAAGGCAAAAGAUGCUUUAAUCUGAUGUGACUAGUUUUGAGUAUUUGCCUUAUCAAGAUGAGGAUUUUUCCUAUACCAGCACUUGGAAGCAUUUACUUCUCCAUUGUCGAGCUGCCUUCUUAUACCCAAAGAAAGGAAACGAUACCCUGAUAUUUGUGAUUUUUAUAAGAAUUCUGUACCUCAUGUUUUGUUUUUCUAUAUCUCUAUUCUGUCUGAUCUCAAAAAGAGUUGCCAAAGGCAUUUCUGUCUGUGAACAAACAUUUGUUUUGUAAGCCGCCUUUCUGUCUUACUCACUGGUGUUGUAACUGAUGCAGUUUCAGAAUAAAUGGUCAAAUGUG